UGCCCAACCAACUCUAAUUAACGCGCAGUUGAAGAAGGUGCGGAUCGUUCGUCGCAGGGCAGCAGUUACACGAGAAUCAUGGCUUCUGGGGUCUCUGCGGAAGAGCUGAAACUUCAGCUGGUGUCUGAGGAGCGAUACUUAGAGGACCGGGUGAACCACGUGGAGCGUCACGUGGCGGCCCUGGCGCUGGAUCUGGGUGCACUGGUGAGAAAGAUGGCUCGACUGAGGGACAAGGGAGACAAGAUCGUGUCCAGCGUGAGGGACUUUGCCAGUGCGGAGGCUGGCACCAUGCGCAAGAGCCUGGAGGGGCUCGGGGAGUGUCUGUCUGCAGUGGAGAACUCCCAGCAACUCCAGAUUGACAGGAUGGAGGCUAAGGUGGUGAAGCCGUUGCUUGAAUACGAGGGAGUCUGUAAGAAAGCCAAAGAGGAGAUUCGUGUGGCCCACGGGGUGUGGGAGAAGGAGGUGAACAAGCAGAGGAACAUGGACAGAGUGCGGUUCAGAGACCCAGCCAACAGAAAGAGAAUCCUUCAGUUUGAGUCGGAUCUCCAAAAACUAAAGAUUGAGCGACUGCGGUCUUUCAAGGCCAUAGAAGACUAUCUGGAGGCCUUUGAAAGGAAGAGGACCCACGACCUUAGGGUUGUCCUGGGGGAGUUCAUCACGGCACAACUGGCUCACCACGCCAAGUCUCUGGAGCUGUACACACUGGCCUACAGACAUGUCCAGAACAUCUGUGAGGACGAGACUGUCGAGUUAUUCCAGCAGGGACUGAAUCCUCGCAGGACUGGGGGGUAUCACGGAGCAGGCGUGCCGGCCCUCGGCCAGCCUCUGUUCCGUACCAGCUCUGACCCUUCCCUCCUGUCCGCUACAGCCACCACCACCCACUCCAACUACCCUCCACAGUAGCACACAUGAACCACCCUCACCAAGAGAACCUCUUGCUAUCAACACACGCACUUUAUAAUAUAUAUACAGAUGUAUAAUUAUACUGGCAACCCAUCCACUUCUAUAUAAUUUACGUUAUAUUUCAGUUUCACAGCAUUACGUAUCAUAUAUACAAAGUUCUGCACAAGAGAUAAACUGUCACUGUAUAUAGAAAUACUAUUGAGCGAAAAGGCAGGGCGUAUAGGUAGAGAGCGUAAGUCAGUAAAUUUCACAAUAGCUAUUAACUAACACUAGACCAGGAAGAGUUCAACGUAGCGGUCGCCGAUGUAGCGCUUGUUGAGCUGCUCGGAUGCCAGUCGGGCAUGGCGUUCUGAAGGGAAGGAGACAAAGGCCUUCCCGCUAGACUCCCAUCGUCCCGACACUGGAUCCUCACUUGAUCGUAGCCCACGUCAUACCCACGGAAGAAAUCAAGAAUCUGAGGGCACGGUGACGUGAUAGGGCAAGCCUUCGACUCGCACAACUCUCCUUUCAGUGGCGCCGACACUUCCACCACCACCUCCCAUGAGGGACAUGAGCGGUCGACUGCCAGCCGCCGGCGAGAGACUUUCAGGGAACAGCGGGGAGUACUUCUUCUCCGGCUGGCGGGCGAGAGUCGCGUGUCCACCAUACACCGAGCUCAUGUAACUAUCGAUGCCCUGCCCCCCGCUUCUGUAGCUACUCACCGAGUCACUGGGCUGACGCUGACUAAUGCCGCCUCCAUUUCCCCCAAAAGUACCGCCGUAGUUAGUCGACUGGCUAGAAGCAGAGGCGUAGUGCGAGCUCCCAUUUGGAUGGGCAAGUGGAUCAUAGGGUGCCCCUCCGUCCAGUAUUGGUUCACCAUACAGGUCCUCCCUCCGGAGGGUGUUGUUACCGUACGUAGCAGUGUACACUUCCCGGCGUCUUCGGGCCGGGGACGGAGUUCGCCUGUGGCUGCGCGAGACAUACCUGUCGCUCGAGCCGUGGUUGUUGACCUCGCGAUCUUGCCUCCCCCGACCAGCCGAGUCCCAGCUCCCACUGUCGUACCCCCCGCGGCUCUGUCGGUAGUCCACGUCCCUUGCCCCGGCCCCACUCCCAAGGUUCCCCUCGCUGUAUUCCUCCGCCUCCUCCAUCUCGCACGGCUCAACGCGAAUCACCGAGUUAUGCAUCAUCUUCCCCGAGUUCUUGAGCCCCAGGAGACACUCGUCCGGGUUGGCAAACUCGAUGUAGCCGUCGCCGCGAAACUGCCCACUGUUACCCUCGCGCAGGAGCCAUAUCUUGCCUCGUCCGAUGAGCCGACCGGCGAAAAAGUUCCUGAUCUCCUUGUACUGGCUACCUUGGGGGACUCCUGCAAUGUAGGCAAAUUUCGUGUCCAGACCGCUAUAGAUGGGGUGCUGCUUCUGGGCACCGUGGCCACUGAUCCUGUACAGCUCGUUGCGCGUCAUGCCGGCCCUCGCACGCAGCAUGAGGUAGUACAACUCUGACUCGUCUGACGCCCUAACCUCUAUGUAUCUGGAGCCCAUGUGGUUUCGAUCCAUCAGCAGUGCCCUCUUUAGUUCCUCCUCAUCGUCCAGCCGCACAAACGCUAGCCCGGUCGCCGAACCGUCCAUCGACCUUAUGAUGUGAAUGUUGUCCUUGUCUAUCGCCACAGACUUGAAAAACAUGACGAUGUCGUUGAUCUUUGCCUCAAACGGGAUUCCCUUGAGGAGAACGCCCCUGUCGAUCGUGGCUUCUUCCCGUGCCUUCCCCGACAUGCUGUGUCCUCUCCCUUGGAAAAUCCUGCGUGGCUCUCUCUCUCUCUCCUUGGUUUUCACACAACCUGGUGCCUGUCUUACCCACGCAGCCACACCCUGACAGGUUAGCCUGCAUGGAGUUUAACAAGGACACAGCUGGACAUUAUAUAUGGAACAACUUGUUCACCCACCACUGAAUCUACUGCGACUUAAACUUCCAAAACCCCACUCCCAGAGACCUUACCUAUGCUUUGGGGAAUACUAAACCACUAUACUAGGUAAAUGUGCCACUUACUGAGUGACAUGGGAGCACCAUACCACAUGCCUUACUAACAUUACUUUGGUCAAUGUACACAUGUUUGUAACAAUUACACUUCUCAUUGCUAUUUGGCAGCUAAGAUAAGAGGGGAAGUGAUGGCACAGACACAUUAACCUUACACCCACACAUCUCCCCCCAGUAGGCUAAACUAGAUCACUCCGUGACAACCAUCCUCCUCCAUGACGCCUAAACACACAGCCUAUACAAACUACGUCCGGUUGCACACGUUAACGGCUAACUACCGGUUUUCCGGCCAAAGUCGCUGAACAGUCAGACCAAAACUCCCACAACAAACAGGCUACAGCCAAAGACAUAAGGGGAACAACCGAACUCACCGGAAACAAGACCCUAAAACAGUACCUGUCCACCAAACACUUACCAAAAACGCUGCUGA